AAUGGAAACAAGGGCGUUAGAAUAAAUUCAAUUUGAAAUACAACUCAUGUGAAACAAAUAUAUAUUUACACAAGAAAACGGUGACAAAAUAGAUUUCAUAGAAUCAAUCUAUUACGUCAUAAUUUACUCUACGAUUAUAGAUCCUAUGUGUGAUUUACACUACGCCAUAUAAUCCUAUGGCCUUGGUCGUUGAUAAAUGAUAAUGUGAUCAUUGAGAUCUUAGAAUGUGACACCACAGAACAAUAUCACAUAUCUCUAUGUAUAUCUUAGUUUGUGGAAUGUGAUAAACAACUACAGUAAUUUUUUCACACAGAUAUAUCUAUAUCUGAGUUUUUUCAUAUUGCACACUGCACUAUACACAUAUAGAUAAAGAAAAUAUCCUUUAUCUAUGCACUACGAGUAAACCCGCCCACUCAUUACCAGGACUUACCGGCCAACGCUAUCUUUAUUCUAUGAACAUUGAGCAGUCACUGACUACUAACUACCGGAAAUCGAAAUCAUAGAUUAGAGAUUAGAUCACAUUCCGGAUCCAUUUGGCGUUACCCUUAUUAGUUCGACAAUAUUAUUAAUUAGUGUCUAGUUCACUACAAUAACUACAAUAGUAUCAUCGCCGUCAGUUGUUACUCGUGUCUAGUCCAGUUUUCUCGAACUAGACUCCACAGUCGCCAUGGGAGGACCUAAAGAAGGCGUUCAAAAACAAAUACAACAAGACUGGGCUAACCGCGAAUACAUUGAAGUGAUCACUGGCAGCAUAAAAAAAAUUACAGAUUUUCUCAAUUCAUUUGAUAUGUCAUGUCGAUCUAGAUUAGCUAUUUUAAAUGAAAAAUUAACUACACUAGAAAGAAGAAUUGAAUACUUAGAAGCACGGGUUACUAAAGGAGAAACUCUUUCAUGAACAUUGCUGAACAAGUUGGAAAUACUUGUGGACUUUAUUUAAAUUUUCCAAAGUAGUGUUAUUUUACUAGUCUUAAGUAAUUUAUAUUUUUAAUCACAUCAAAUUUAUUUUAUAUGUUUAUAAUAUUGUAUAAUUUAAGAUAUUAAACUUUUAAUUAUUAGGA